GUGUUUGUGACAGACACUGGGAAUUGGUUUACAAACAAGACGAAUUCGGCAACAGCACCUUUGGUAACAAGCAAGAGCUUAUAGAGUUGGCUGUCACUGGGAACUAUGUCAAGGCCAACUUGUACAUGCCGGACCACGUCCUUCAACUUCCAGCGGAUAGCAUCAGCAUUUAUAAUGGGGAGUUGUGUGUACAGUCACUGCGUUCAUUGGCCCACAACGGAACUCACGUGGACACCUCAGAUCCCUGGCUGUACUUUCUAGUGUGUACCACCGGGCACGUGACAGAGCGUGAUGUGUUCAAUGCUAGCAUCUUCAGGGUGUCCAUCGACUGGUACAUUAAGGACAUCGCCAGUGAUAAAGAACCUAUCUACUCUAAUUUUGUGGACGGAACUCCUUUGGAGCCCACCAACAUCCUCAGACUUCACGAGGCAGCUAAAAGGAUGAGCCUGUUUGGCGCCAUGAGAGACAGGGCUUACGUAUUCCCUUUUCACAAUAUCAAUCUGGACUCUGAGACAGGGGAGGUCAAUGGCCAGAAUGUUCUUCAUAUUGGCCAAAGACAAAAUUUGAUCAACAAAACUAACUCCGAACAAAACUCAAAGCAAAAGUGGAACUCUGGACAACGGAUAAAUGCAGUUGUGUCAGACGCAAGUUUGUUGGUAUAUAUAAACUUCAAAGAUGCGAUCACAAGAAACAUUUGCCUUUUCGUGUGCAUAGUAGCGUGUUCGUGUGCUCGCACUAACACUAUUAGGCCCGAAAUUAUAAUGUGCUAUCUACCGCGCAGCUUAGACAGCACUGUCUGGAAAAGUGAUUGGCAUAUUCUGUUUAAAAAAAAAAUUAUAUUUCCAAAUAAACAAAAAAGAUUUGACAGCAUUGAUAGGGAACUCUUGAAAAGAUAG